AUGCUGGAAUCCAAUCUCGGAACCAGCGUAUUCCCGAUGUCCCUCUUCCCCAUAACCCCACUCUCUGUGAUCAAACUCACCAACAAGGCCUUCUACGACGUAUCGAACCGGAGAUGGCUUUGCUACCCCGACUUCUCUAGUGUCCCAGACCGCAUCGAGCGCAUGUGCGCGAUCGCCAGCUUCUUCAACAGAUUCACGCGCUUCGCAUGGCUCCUGUACAACGACAGGGGACACUCUCUGCCGAGCACUCCACGGCGGUGGUAUGUCCUCGAGAGCCCUCGGCUCCUUGCCGAUGGGAGCACAGUCUCGUCGUACGGGAUGGCGCUCUCCGAAGAGGUUUCGGGAGACCUGCAGUGGCAAGAUAUACUCUGCGACGUGCAGGUCGAAGAGGACGCGGCGAACAUGUCGGACGCUCUCCAGCGACUUACUACAGGCGCCGCUCAUGUUUUCGCCACCCAAGAACACCGUCUAUAUCACCUUGGUGUGGCCCUUGCAGGAGAUACGUACCAGCUGGCGUACUACGACCGCGCCGGCCGCGUCCUGUCUGGCGCAUUCGACGUGCACAAGCACUCCGUGCUCUUUGCUCGGAUCAUCAUGGGCUUGGCAAUUCCCGACAAAUCGUACGCAGGCCUUGACCCUAGCAUCAUUAUCCGCGACGGCCGACGUUUCCUCGAGGUCUGCGGUCGCGAAUACGAGAUCUUGAGGACCAUCUGCAUCAACACGAACAUGUUCGGUCGCGGAACUGUCAGCUGGCGCUGCCGUCGCGCAGAUAGUGACGAGGACUUCGUCAUCAAGAAUGUGUGGGUAGACGAGCAGGAUGGUGACAGCGAGGGAUGGUUUUUGAAGAGGGCGCGAUGGAUCGAAGGAAUACCGAAAUUGGUCGACGAGGAACUCGUGUUGCGUCGCGAUGGAGAACCAUGUAGUACGACGAGGGUGCGCGCCUUUCGCCAUGGCAAGAAGUCUACAGUCGUUCCCCCUUCCAUCGCCCGUCUUGUGCUACGCCGGCUGGUUCUCCACCCAUACGCGCGACCGCUCAGAGAUUUCGCAUCGAAUGACGAGCUGCUGGAGCUAUUGCAUGAUGCCAUCCAAGCGCACCAAGACCUCUACUUAUAUGCGGACGCACUUCACUGCGACAUCAGCGAGAACAACAUCAUGGCGCAUGACCCGCCGAACUCGUCGCGUCGCCGAGGGCUUCUCAUCGACCUGGACAGUGCUGUCGUUGUCAGCGGGACCCCCAAAACAGGACCGGUGUGUGGUCUAAGGGGUACUUUGCCAUAUCUGGCCAUUGAUGUUUUGCAAUACCCGACCCUCGUCGAGCGUGCACCGUGGCACGAUCUCGAGUCCUUCCUCUAUGUCCUCAUGAUCUUCUGCGCUAGCUACUCCGGACCCUCGAACACUCCCCGUCAUGGGUUCAAAAUCCACGAGUCGCCCUUGGGCCCUUGGCUCGCCGGCGAUGGCAACUACAAAGCUCAGGUCAUGCAGUGCUACGACGACGCCAAGUUUCGAGCCUUCCUCGACGAGGUCUUUGACCCCUACUUCGACGACCUGAAGGACGUGGUAUGCGACCUGCGCAAUAUUAUCACGCGCCCCAAGGACGCGCGCCCCUCGCACGUCGAUGUCAUGAUUGUCAUCGACAGGCAUAUUCGGGCUCUGCGAGCUAGUCAGAAGCGCACGGCAGCCGCUGCAAAGUGUCCCCCGGCCGUCGUGGGCACGAAGCGCAGUGGGAAGACGAAGAGGAAGCAGGUGACCGCCGCCGCCCACGCGCCUCCUGCGCCUCGUUCUGCUGCAUCUCGGAAGCCUCGCCGUACGACGACGAGGUCGAAAGCGCGGGCGGCGCCGCCGCCGCGAACGCCGUCUGCCGCCAGCGACGAAUCCGAGCGUACAGUCGUUCUCACACCUCCGCGGCGCCAGACACAAGCGGCGACCAAGCGUGCCCCUUCUAGCAAGCAGGCGAUGACGGAAACGGGGAUGGCGGGAGCAACCCGUGCAGCGAAGCGACGGAGGAUGGAAUGA